CUCACUCUUUUGUUAUUAGCUUAGCCCCUAGCUUCCCCCCACAUGACCUCUUCAUUAAUUCCUAUUCCCAUCCUUCCCUCUCUCUCUCUUCUCCCUUCCAUUUCUAUCCCCCCUUGUUAUGGCAGUGCAGGUCAACAAUAAUUUGAAUCCUCCAUGGCUUUUCCCCUCAUUAUUCUCUAGGGUUUGAACCUCAAAUGAGAAUCCACCGACUCUCGUGAAUUCUUUACUCUCCAAUAUCUUCCCCUGCAGAUUCUCUCUUCCUUGUUGGUUUUUCUGAGAUCCAGAGUUAGGAAUUUAAUUCCAGGUGGGUGUGACGACUCUCAUACUUCAUGGAAUUGCUGAUGCAAGAUGUCAAAAUGCAUUCCCAUGAUAUAGAAGAAGACGAGGAGGAGGAGGAGGAAGAAGCAGAGUUAGCUAGAGAGGAAAGCAGCAACAGUAAGAAUUACCUUCAUUUCUUACCAAAUUUCGAAACUAGUACUCGUCGUCUUCAUCAUAAUCAUCAUGAUCCUCAUCAAAAUUCAUGGCUGGGGCUUCAUGAUCAUCACUCUCCAGAUGCUGCUACAGCCAGCGAAUCUCACAAUUCACAGCCCGGAUUAGGGUUAGCAUCAGGACCGGCCACCAAUUUCGCCGCUAAUCACAGAAAGCUAGACCACAUGGAGUUGUCACUGGGAGGAAUUGGAACCGCCAAAGACGAUGAAGAACAAGAAGGAGCUAAUUUCCAUGGAGGAGGAAGCAGCAGUAACGAUGUUGGUGCUACUAUUGAGAAAGAGCACAUGUUCGAUAAAGUCGUCACUCCCAGUGACGUAGGCAAGCUCAACCGUCUCGUAAUACCAAAGCAACACGCAGAGAAGUACUUCCCUCUGGAUUCCUCCUCCAACGAGAAAGGACUGCUCUUGAAUUUCGAGGACCGGAACGGCAAGCUAUGGCGGUUCCGGUACUCCUAUUGGAACAGUAGCCAGAGCUAUGUGAUGACCAAAGGUUGGAGCCGCUUCGUCAAGGAGAAGAAGCUCGACGCCGGAGACAUUGUCUCGUUUCACCGAGGCGCCGGAGAGUCGUAUCGGCACCGGUUGUACAUAGAUUGGAGGCGUAGACCUGAUCACGGCCCAGCCGGCCCUGAUCCCAACUUGAUUACACCUUUUCUUCUUCAUCAUCCCCAUCAGCCGCAAUUUUCUCAGUACUCUAUCAGAUGGGGCGGCCGACUGUUCUCGCUUCCCUCUCCGGCGCCGCCGCGACCACUGAACCAUAGUAAUAUGUUUCCCUUAUAUCAUCACCAGCAGCAACAAGAGCGACAUCAUCAUCCGCGGCAGUACCAAGGCCAUCAUCAUGAUGCGAUGAAUUCAAGAUCUGCAGGUUCGGUGUAUUCGAACUUGAUAGGGCAACAAGAAGUAAGAAAUGUUCCGAUGAUUAUAGAUUCUGUUCCAGUUGAUCAUUAUCAUUCUCAUCAUCAAAACUAUUACCAUGGCAAAAAUAGUAGUGCUACUAAUACUACUGCUGGUAAAAGACUUAGGCUAUUUGGGGUAAACAUGGAAUGUGCUUCUUCUUCGUCGUCUUCUUCAUCACCAUCAGUAGAAGAAUCCAGAUGUUGUAAUGCGACAGUAAUGGCUAAUCCAUCAAUUUCCUCUUCGUCUUCUAUUAUCCCACCACCACCUCUUCAUCAGUAUCUGAGGUUACCCCAUGCGGAUCCAAUUUCUUCGUCGUCAUCGUUAUCAUCAGCAAGAUUUCAGAGUCAUCAGAAAGGGGAAACUUCGGUGCUUUUUGAUUUGGAUCCCUCUUUGCAUUAUAGGCAGUGAUCGAAUUGGUAAUCAAAUCAAACAGACAACCAAUAAAAGAAUGAUGAUGAGGCCACACUCUUUUGCAGCAUUUUCUGUUAUAAAUUCUAAUUUUUUAUUGCCCUCGGUCGUUUAAUAUUUUAGUGCUUAGAGUAUCAUGGAUAUUAGUGCUUUAUUUAUUAGCUGGAAGUUUUGGAUUGUUUAACUUCCAAGCAGAAAAUCGAUAUAUAUAUGAACUAUAUAUGUUUAAAUCUUUCAACUGUGUAUAAUACAGUUCAUAUUGAAAUAGAUCGAUAUAUAGUAGUAGGUGUUUUUAAUAUGAUGGUUAUAUCGAUAAUUUUUCAUUCCUGAUCGGCUCGAUCUCUUUUUCCGUUUCGAGCAUUAAAUGAUGAGCAGAAAAGCUCGUUACUUUUCUUCUUUCCUCUAAUGUUUCUGUUAAGCUUGUUGGGUUGAUGUGUUGUUUCUGCUGCUUCUGCUUCUGAUGAUCCCUGCUUCUUCUGCUGCUGAUCGGUAAGGCAUUUUUAGCUUUGCAGGAAAAUAAAGCGCAGAAAGUUGUACAGCUGUAAAAAAGCCGCCUUCAUGUCUGGAUUAUUACUGCUCAAGAACGUGUUUUAGGUGGAAUAAAAGUCACCUUUUCCCACUGGUAAGUACUCUUUACUAUUGUGAUUCCAUUGCAGUAGAUUUAAUGCUUUGUCUCUCUGAUCAUCGAUCAUAAGUGAUCUAUCUAUGCUCCAAGCUUAAAAUCACCCUUUGAUUUUAGCAUUUCUAUUUUGCAUGCCAUGGCCGGUCAAUACUAUAGUCUGCAUCACUGUUAUUUUUUACAGUUUAAAGUUGGAAGUAAUUGAUUAGCUUUGUGCUUUUAUGAUUUGACACAGGAUAAUUGCAAUAAUCAUAUAUAGCUAAAUCUGUUGGCUCUGACAUAAUUGAAGAGAUAUAAAUUGACCCGUUGAUUAAUCUGUGUAUUUUGGUCAUUGAUAGUAUUAUCUUUUGCAUCUCGUGACUUGAUGUCGAUUUCAAAACGAGUGGACACAAAAUGUGCGCCAGGGGGAUUAUUAAUAGUAAAAUUUUCUUUUAAAUAUGUAAAAA